AUUUUUUUUAAAAUCAUCUCAUGCUUCCUUUAAUGUGUGCAACACCUUAUAUGAAUUAUCCACAACUCAACCUUUAAUAAUUCUAUAUGCUUCCAUAAUAAUAAUAAUAUACAAUACCAAUUCAAAUGAAAGAAACAUGUGAUAAAGCAUGUUAGUUUCCAGAACCUUUAGAAUAAGAUGCUGUCACAAAUAAUAUGGAGAUGAUUGCAGAAAAGGAAUUGACUUCUUUGUUAAAAUUCCUCUCCAAACACAUUUCUUUACUUCAAGAUUACCAAUUUGAAGAAUUUGUAAGAGAUAAUUUAAAAGUAUAUUAAGUUAUUAUAAAUUAGACACUCUCAUCAUUUUCUAAAGAUAUACCAAACAUGAUUAAAAAGAGGUAUGUUUAAGUUAAUAAAACAAAAGAAGAAAUGACAAAGUUUAUAAUUAGAAGAUGUUUUCUCUUUAUAAAAAGUUAAAUUGAAUAUGAGGAAAAAGAGGGAGUAUCUGCUGAAGAAAGAGAUAGAUUAUUUUAUCAUUCCUUCUUUUCUAAUGAUAAACAAUUUAUGAACACUUUCAAAUAAGAAUCUAUAGAUGACAUGAUUCCAUUUAGAAAGGAUUCUAAAAUGAAAACAAUGAAUGAAACAUAUCUAAAAAAAUUAUUUGCAUCAUAGAGAUUUUCAAAUCUCUACAUUUAGUUUCUAUGUAAAAUUAAUAAUAAAAUAUUAUUAGCUUAAUUUCAAGAAAUUUGUAUUCAUGAAAAUGAUGAAAAAAUAGAUAAUAUGACUAAACAGAUAAUUAAAAUAAUAAUUACAAGAGAUUUUGGAGUAAAAUCUAGUUUUAUUUCAAUAGAAAAUUAAAAGUUAUAGACGAUUCCCAUGGAAAGAUCAUGAAGUACUUAAAUGUGAAUAAAGAGCCAAAGAAUUAUACUCUAAAUAUUCUAAUUAUUCAAGUAUUAUUAUGUAUAUAUUAAUAUUCUAGAAACCAAUAAUAAUAAUAAUAAGUAUCUUUCAAAACUUGAUUCACAUACCUUUGACAUAUUAGAUAAAUUCUCUGAAUCUUAAGAAUGA